CUCAUAUCAAAAAAUGGCGGCCUAAAGCGGUUGUUCGCUUGAGAUCAGCAGCAAUUGGUAAGAAUUCUUUUAUAAUGGCUCGUUGAAAAUGCAUAUCUGCAGUGAAAAACACAGAAAUAAGUCUUUUAGGGGUAACUACAGAAUACAGGGCCUUAUUUUAAGGUCGUAAACAGAAGUCCCACAGCUUCUAUCUUUCUGUUAACAUGAUUGAUGGAGCUUCGUGUUUGUUUGCUUCAUCUUCAUGUAAAUUUCAGAUAACAGGAUAAACUCAUCUUUUCAAAGCGCGCUAGCCCUGUAAAUGAGCCCAGCCCAGCCUAUGUAAUCAUUGUGUAGAUUUAGAGUAAGAAGAUGGUUGCUUUUAGGUGUGUAGGGUACCACGUAAUGGAUUGGCAUCUCGGUCGACAUCCACGCCGUGUUUUACUUUAAAAGUGAUAUUUUUGCAGAUGAGCAGUGAGCGUGGGGGGAGGGACAAGUCCAAAAAAUAGCUGCAUAGAUGAAUCAAGUUCCAUGUAACAUAAAUUACUCUACCUGUGAAUCAACGGCCUUGUAUUCACGCAGUGAGAAGGAUCAAAUAUGUUGUCUGUAUAAACCAAUGGCUGCGUAACUGCUUUGACCUUCAUAGACUGUGAGAAGUCUCUUAGUUUUCUCUUAAGUCAAGAGAUUGAGAGCACGUGUAAGGGCCGUGCGGCGAAGCUGAGAGAAAUGAGGGCGGAAGCCUAAGCGAAAAAAAAAAAAAUAGAAACAAAAAAUGGGAUCUUUGAUCUCCAUAUUGCUUUUUUCCUGUAAACAAACAGUUUCCGUUUCACUGAAAUGGUUAUUCAAAAUCCAAAAAGAUCUCUGCAGUUGUCCUUUUUGCUCCCUCUGCCCCAAUCUGUACUCUUUUUUCCCCAUUCAUUUGCACUAUUUCACUUUUUCACUUGCUGCACGUGGCAAUUAGGAAAGAAGGAGGACCUCUUGUGGUCUAUGACUUUCAUAAUUUUAGUUAUGAACAGGAACAUGGUCCACUGCAGAUGUUACCGUAGGUCCUGCAAUUAUUGGAGUUUGUAACUAUCUAGCACUGGAAAAAAUUUAUUGCAUGUUGAUUAUUUGGAACAAUUUUCUCUCAAAUUUUAAGAAGGGGUGGGGGGGGGGGGUGGGCGGUAAUCACGGGCAAUACAGAACAACCCCCCUAGCCAUGCCCCUGGCUCUUUUUAUGGGCUUAAGGCCUGUACAUUGUCUUCUGUUAUAGGCUUUGUUGUGAUACAUGCAUGAGCACACCAAAAUGGAGGUUAAUGGAAACUCAACUGAUGUACCAUCAGAUGCCAUCAAUAUCAUUGUUGAAUUUGCCCAGUCAAGUUCCGAGGGAGACAAAGAAAAUGGAGAUAUUCUAAAUAGCAGUGAUGAUGUGGCAGUGCAUGUGUUUCAAAUCUCAUCAGAACUUCUCAAUUCAUCUCAGUCCCAAGUGUCGGUAAUGAGUGAUGCAGAGGCUACAAGCAGUAGGUCGCAAAGGGCUUCGCACAUUGAUGUCAUUAAAAGACUGAAAAGUCAUCAGAACAAGCAAAAAACAUUACAAGCAUCAAAAUCAAAAUCAUUUCCACCAGCAGGGCCUUUACCUUCAUUUAUCUCUCCACAACUGCCAGUGGUCGCAAGAGAGUUACAAUUCUGUAAUGAUGAAGUCGUCAAUUGCCAAACACAGGUUAAUAAGAAAAACAGAAAGCGAAAAAUAACCAACGCUGCUCCUGUGGAGAGUUUACUUCAGGGGUCAACAGUUGAAAUGAGGCCUGGUCAGAUCACCAGUUCUACAAAGCGAAAAAUAACCAGUGCUACUCCUGUGGAGAGUUUAGUUCAGGGAUCAACAGCUGAAAUGAGGCCUGGUCAGAUCACCAGUUCUACAAAAUUAGCUCUUCAGACUUUCCUGAAAAAGAAAGCUGCUGGUAUUGCUAAUGGUGUACGUGUUGAAGGAAACAAAAAUACAACAGAGCCUGAAGUACAAAUUACUUCAACUGGUGAAGAAUCUGGGGCCCGUGAUUAUGAAUUACACUCAAAUCAGGCUGCAAAUAAAGAUAAGGAUCUUACUGAGUUAUCACCACCUUUAGAGAGCAUAAAUGAAAAUGGAAUGGCAUCAGCUGGUGUUUCUGCGUCACUUACUAUAAAUUCACUGGAGUCCGCACAGGAAUCCCAGGAGCCAUCUAAAGAAAUGACGUCAACAGUUGUUCAAAGUGAAAAUUUGAUCACACCAUCAACCCAACAGUCAGAUAUUCAACAGCCUAGUGGAGAAACUGGUAUCCCUGUGAACCAAGUGGUAUCAACCCCUGUUGUUCAAGAAGUGGAUGUUGUUGUGUUGCCAUUAAAUCUUGAGUCUGAUAAUUCUGAACAAGGGAUUAAACCACAAAAGAAAAAAAAGAAGAAAAAAACAGGUAACACUGAAAACAUUUUGCUGCAAGUAAUGUAAUGUGGCAUCAAAAGUUAGAAAAAAUUAGUAUGGUUAUAACAAUCCAGAGGUAAUCUGUCCUCAAGAGAUGCGCGAGUCUGAUUACUGCCAUGCAUUGGUCCAACAACAUUAUUUCAUUGGUACAACGGUUCAUGUGGGCCUUAGGUAGAUUUUUUUUCAUCUGAAAAAUGAUGGUUCGUGGUGUUGUCUUUGUCUGGACAUAAUGUUCGUCCCUGUGGUCGAAAGUGAUGUUGUUAAUUAUUAAGAUUUUAUCAGACCUGUGAGGCUGUGCUUUAGCUGCACCUGAUGGCCCUUGGUACCUACCUUUUUCUCCCAGCUGACCAGAAAAUCUUAUUUUUUCUUUAAAGUAUUAAGCAGGGCACUCUAGCUUUGACAGGUUCAAAGUAUUGUGAUCCCUUUUUUUAGAGUACAGCAAUGGACAUUUUAAAUCAGAUUUUGUCCCGUGGUCGACUCUAUAUGCAGCUCUGAUUAGGCUUGAACCUGGGUCAGUGUGGCAAAAGGCAAAAAAGCCCUCACUAGCAUGUUACCAUUACUCCCCUAUAAAGUCUUAAAGUGUGACGUCAUAAUAAACUAAAUCUGUGAAAUUAUGGGAUUUGUCGAGAUAUUAUUAAUAAAAGAACAAAAUCCCAAAGGUCUAAUUUCCAAACAUAAGUGUUCCAGGGCAAAUUGUCUUUGAGAUGAUAGCCCAGUUAAGCUCUGAUAACUCCUUGCAAAUCCUUCUAAAUUUGACUCAGUUCAGACAUUAAGAACCGAGUCAAAUUUAGGAGGAUUUGUAUGGAGUCAUCAGAACAAAAUGGAACUAGUAUCUCAGAGGUAAUUUACCCCACAAUGCUAGUUUUUGGCUAGUAGGACUUUGAGAUGUUGUUCUCUCAAAAUAUCCCAACAAAUUCAAUAUUAAUUACACAAAAUAAUAAAAUUUUUAUGAUGUCAUCUCUGUAGAACUCUAAUAACAGCUGCAACAGCUGCCUUUGUCAAUUUUGCAGAUCCCAAGCAGCCAAAGCAGGAAAAAUAUUUGUCUUACGACUGUGUGGAAUGUGGCAAACAUUUCCCCAACAAAACGGCUUAUUCAGCUCAUAUGAACAUCCAUUAUGACAGGAGGCCAUACAAGUGUGUUGAGUGUGGAAAGACAUUCAGACAAAGCUCACAUCUUGAGAAGCACAAGUUGCUUCACACCGGUGAAACACCUUAUGUCUGUCAGUAUUGUAACAGAGCAUUUAGAUGUCGAUACAAUCAUCGAGACCAUGAACGAAUCCAUACAGGAGAGAAGCCUUGCAAAUGUAAAACUUGUGGCAAAAUGUUUCGUUGCUCUUCUAAACUCUCCUCUCACCGUAUGUCCAUUCACGGGAUUGGCUCCUCUCGUUACACCAAAAAUGCCAGAUCUGGUAAAGGGGCCUUUUCAUGUAAAAUAUGUAAAAAGACUUUUUCUUGGUCAAGUGCACUUUCGACACAUAAGAAAACUCACAAUGCUGUUGGGACGUAUAAGUGCAGCAAGUGUCCAAAAGUGUUCAAGUGUAACAGCAAUUUGUGGAAUCAUGUAAAAACACAUUCUAAAGAGAAACCUUUUGAAUGUGAGCUUUGUGGACAGCACCUAAAACGAAAAGGAAACCUCAAAAGACAUCUAUUGACUCAGCAUGAUCCUGACGAAGCAGAAGAAUACCUCAAAACGAGUAAGAUGUUUGCAGCUUCUAUUGACAAGAAAUCAAAAUGA